AUGCUUCCUCCUUCUAAUAUCCUUGUUCUCGGUGGCGGCAUUGCGGGCAUUGCCGCCGCCCUUGCCCUAUCCAAACAGCUCACUCCGCUUAAUCCCGAUGUCAAAAUCACCAUCUACGAGCUCCGCGAUGUACCCUCUACCUCCGGCGGAGCUAUCAAUCUCACUCCCGUCGCCCAAAGGCACCUUGCCCAGCUUGGUGUCAUCGAGGAACUCGAUAGAAUGGGCCCCGAUGCAGGCGUUGACGUAGACGGGAUAGAGUACUACUCCAUCCACAGCGGCCGGAAGAUGGGAAACGUCGAUUUUGCCGGUAAGAAUGGUCGGGGCUACGGUGGGUACAAGGGUAGAAGAGUGAUGCGAAUCUGUCUCCAUCUCGCCAUGUUAGCUGCAGUGGAGAGGGUCGGUAACGUCUCGGUCGAAUUUGGCAAGAAAGUGAUUGGAGGAGUAGAAUCAGAGAAAAGCGUCACUAUAUUCUUUGCAGAUGGUGGGAGUGCAACAGGUGAUUUGGCGGUUGGAUGCGACGGAGUUCACUCCAACACUCGCACAAAGAUCGUCGACCCCGAAAGGCCUUCCGAGUAUACCGGUAUAUCCUUUAUACAAACCACGAUACAGACAGACAAAAUAGAAUCGCCCAUCCACUUCAAGGCCACUGCGAUGAACCGAUCGAGGCGAGGUGCUCUAUUAACUACGUUCUGUGAUUUGCAGAAGACCGAGAUUUUUGUCGCUGGGUUGGUACAGAUAGACCCUUCCCUUCUGUCAACUGAUGCCUGGAGGCAAGAAGGAACGGGUAGCUUCAGGCCAAGGUGGACCCCUUUGAGAGCCCUUCGCGAUGAUAUCCGUGGGCGAUUCGGGGAGUCCGUAAUACCGUGUAUUCGCGAAAUAGUCGAAAAGGCUGAAGGGUGGUCGAUAUAUCCGGUAUAUCAGCUUGCUCCUGGAGGCAAAUGGUCGACAGAGCGGAUAAUAUUAUUAGGCGAUGCGGCGCACGCGAUGCCACCUCGUGAUGAAUCGGCCGCAUAUGCUCUUGAUGAUGCUAUCCUGUUCGCUCGUGUGCUCGCUGUCUAUUACGGCCAGCCUCUCCACGAUGCGUUUCAAACCUACGAUAACAUCCGCAGGAAGCCUAUCAACGACGCCUACAAGGAUUCUGUUGCCGGGUGGGCAAACAAUAGAGAUCAUGGCAAGUGGGCAAGUAGACUAGAGGAAUGGCUGACGCCGUGGCACCUCAGACGAAGAAAGAGAGCCAGAGUGGGCGCCUGGGUAUUUGACGCCCAUUCUGUGGAGAUUCCACCACCUAAGCAUUGGAAGGAGAUCGAUGCGUGGUCAUAA